AUGUCCUUCAAGCAAUUCGUCCUCUCGGGCCUCCUGGCAACCGCCGCCCUCGCAAAGACCGACAUUGGCGGCUGCGUCACCACCAACAUCGUCACCACCGCCACCAACGGCGGCGAAACCUCCGUUUACACCACCCUCGUCUACUACCUCCCCGACACGGGCGAGAUCUGCGAGCUCCUCGACUGCGGUGGCGGCCGCGCUCCUCCCAAGACCACCGUCCCCGGAUGUGCCGCCUACAAGGGCACCGAGACUUACUCGCCCAAGUUCCUACCUACGAGCACCUCCGAGGCUCCCGAGCCUGCGGAGACUAGUGCUGGUGCCGAGAGCUCGGAGUCUGGUGAUGCUCAGACUAGCGCUGUCCCUACUCCCUCGGCGAACGGGACUGGCAGUGCCGGCGGGAAGAACGGUAAUUCUUCCGAGACUGGCUCCGGAUCUACUGGGGCUGGUAAGGAGGGUGGUUCCGGGGCUGCGGUGAUGGGCACGUCGCUCGUUGGUGGUUUGUUGGUCGCUGGUUUUGCUGGUGCGAUGGCUUUGCUCUGA